UUCAGUUACGCUGCAAAGUCGGUCGAGUGCGGGUCACUUGGCAGUAGUUGCAUUCGUUUGGUCGCGCGAAAGUCACAAGGUUUUGAUAUUUGGGCCACCCUACCCACAACAUCGAACCAAUUAUACCAACUAACGUGUUUCCGACGACGAUUCAGACGUGAGUCCACACGACAUGGAGGGCAAUAGUUCGGAUCUGGAGUACGGAGCUCGGGAUAUGAACGGUCUCAGCCUGAAUUCGUACAGCAGCGGAUUGCAGGCUCAGCUUCAGCGCGAUCUGGACCGGCAGCACCUGCUCAGUGAUCGACCACGCACCGGAGUUUACGAGAAUGUCAUUUCCGAGGGAGUCGAGGGCAUUGAGCAUCAGGAAAGAUACGAGCGCCUACUGCGUCGUGCCCAAGUCGAGGAUUUGACGGAGGUGUCCGGCAUCGGCUGCCUUUACCAGAGCGGCGUGGACCGCCUGGGUCGGCCUGUGAUUGUGUUCUGCGGCAAAUGGUUCCCCGCCCAGAACAUUGACCUGGAAAAGGCCUUGCUAUAUCUGAUUAAGCUACUGGAUCCCAUCGUUAAAGGAGACUAUGUCAUCUCGUACUUCCACACGCUGACAUCCACGAACAACUAUCCAUCGCUGCACUGGCUGCGUGAGGUCUACAGUGUGUUGCCUUACAAAUACAAGAAGAACCUGAAGGCCUUCUAUAUCGUGCACCCCACUUUCUGGACUAAGAUGAUGACCUGGUGGUUCACCACGUUCAUGGCGCCUGCCAUCAAGGCCAAGGUGCACUCGCUUCCGGGUGUGGAGCACCUGUACUCGGCCAUCACCAAGGAUCAGCUGGAAAUUCCCGCCUACAUCACCGAGUACGACAUGGCGACCAAUGGCCUGCAUUACUUCAAUCCUGUGCCGACUGCCUCGUAGAUGGCGGCCAUCGUUGCUGUCUAGGACAGCUGGCAGCCACCAUAGCAUAUACAUACAUAUAUAUAGUUACACAGAUACAUUUGUGAAGUUUUUAUAGAUUUUAUAGAACGUAUUUUAUUUUCGUGAUAAGUAAUAUUUGUUUACUUGCGCAUAACUUUCGAUGUUGUCGUUUAUCGAUUGACUUGCCGCAAGUUUUGUUGAACAUUGUGUAGCAUACUUUUAUGGGAGUGGCCGAGUCGCCCCCGCCCGACCGCUCGGUAGCCCAAAAACCAAUUAGCUAAAAGAUAAAUCGGCAGCCCCAAAAAACCAGAUAAUUGUGUGAAACAUUCUUAUGAAUUGCAUGGAAAUUAGUUGAUUAGUUGGCAUCGGCAGAACAAACCUUGUUAUUUCGCUAUAAAUAGUUGAAAAGUUGAGAUAUUCGGUAGGAAAUCGAUGGGGAGGACUCGUUAGUGGGAUUAGGAUACGAGGAGAAACCAAAAACGUUAGCAAUGCUGAAGAAAAUAAAAUUUGAUUAGAGACCCUGCAUGUACCGGAUAUACACAAGAUUAUUCUAAAUAUGAAAUUGAUAAAUUGUACUUGAUACUUGAUUACUGAAGGGAGACAGACGUAUAUAUGAAUAAGUAUACAUAUUGUUAGUUAUCUUUGCAAUUACAAAUUGUAUUAUUAAUGUAUUAAUACUAGAGCUAACGCGUAUGCAGUUUGAUCCCCCGAUAUACAUACAUACAUAUACACACACAUACGUACUAUAAUUCAAUUGUAUUUAUACAUAACUAUAUACUAAAUAUACACAACUAAUAAAUUAAACCAAUCGAAACCAAACCAACCACGGAUGCGAACUCGACUCGCAGAGAAGCAUAUAUUUUGAAGCGCCGAGAUGCUGAGCAGCUGAGAAGUGCAGAACCUUUUGUAGAUACUUACUAGAGCUCACCGUAAGGCCCUCCCAGCAAUCGAAACACCAAUAAAGAACCUAACGAAUAACAAGUAAUGAAUACUGAAUACUGUAUACUGUAUACUGAAUACUGAUACUGAUUGUUAAAUGUUCAACUUUGAUAUGAUAUGUUUAGGCGCAGGAGAAUUUCCAACUCGAAACACGUCCCUUUAUCUUCCAUGCACCGUUUGCGCUCAAAGAAAAAAGAAAGCCCCAGAAUCAAAGCCAAUAGCACGCCACUGCUAUACGUACAUACAUAUAUAUUUGUAAUUGUGAGAUAUAUAGGUAUUGUAAUUAGUCGAUUCAAUUAUGGCACUCGCUGGCAGUAAUCAGAAACCAGAGCCACUCAAACUCAAACUUACAACACUGCGCACCAACAGUUGAAGAGCCAAAAGACAGCCACAGCCAACACCAGCAGUUGAUUUAGCAACUACGCAAUUACAUGCAAAGUAAAAUGCACUCAGGGAUUGAUUUAAAACUAAAAACCAAACCGAAAACUAAAAACGAAACGAAACGAAUACCCAAAAGCAAAAACCAAAAAUUAAGAACGAUAUGAAAUUUAGAUAAACGACAAAUGCGCUUUCCACGAACCACAAUCGGCAGCCUGGCUAGUACCUAAAAUGAGAAAUCAAGUAGAGUUAUAGCGAAACACCAAAGUGAGAUAGUUUUUGGACAUAGGCUCUUAUAGGCACCUGCAUAUGUACUACUAUACAUAUAUGUACAUAUGUCGUAGGCAGUUCGUCCGACAAUUAUGCCAAUUACGUAUUGUAUUUUGUAUUGCCUCACCAGCAGAAUUUAGGAAAAUUAACCAGAGUGCUAUGGGGUGCACCCAAGUUCCCUCCCAGCUCUAACAAUAAUCAGUAUCAUACUAUAGUGUACUCAAACGUUAUGCUUGCAUGAGAACCACCUUACAGGAGUACAACAAUCGGGAUUCGCCUAGAUAGAUAUGGUGGCCCAUCCUAUGGCUUCUAAUUCAACUGUUAUUGAAAAUUCAAAAACGAAAUAUUACUCAAGAGAGUCCCACGUUGUCGAGGAGAAUCCAAGUUAUGCCAAGUGUUCCUUUCUAAAAAGUUUAUAUAUAGACGAAUACUUUUCGUAAUAUUUGAAUAUUUGUAGGUAAUUCUUAAAGCCAACCACAAGUACUUAACUAGUAAUCUCAUUGAAUCUUAAUAUUUCCCCCAACUUUCCCUUCUAAUAUUGCUAUUGCUUUAGCGUUAAAAAAUCGAAAUUCGAAAACUAAACCAAACCGAAACCGAAAGAAAACUAAUAAAAUAUUGACUAAAACUGAUUUGUUGCUAAAUUAAUGAAAUUGUACCUUCGAAAGGAAUUUUGCGAUCGAUUCUUUCUAGCGUAGCACCAAUUCCUUAUAGUUGUUAAAUCGGAAACGAGAUUAAGAAUGAUCGUCGUGGCACAAAAUGCGAAAUUAAGUUAAGUUUUUCCAAAAUUCGAGAAUCCAGCUCCUUGUUCUUUUUGUAUAUAUAAGUACAUACAAGGUAACAAAUUUAAUUGGUAACUAAUAAAAGGAAA